GGCAACUCUGGAACAUGGGGAAAAAAUAAACUACAACAAAACCUUUAAUUAAACUGGGAAAGCGCUGCGUUACAUCAAUUGCUAAAGCCGAAUUUGGAUCAUCGCUGAAACCGGAAGUAUAGAGAUCCGGCGUCUGGAGGCGGCGGACCGGAAGGCAUCCAGAAAUCGCACAUUUUCGCCCACGUCCAAGUGAAAUUGAUUUUUCACCCGGCAGCGGAAUCUCGCCCAAAAACAGAUUGCCCCGAAAUAAAUCGAAAUAGUUCCGGUUCCGGCGUGCAAAAUGCCAGCGGAAGAUCAGCGGCCACAGUGAGGCCUCCCUAGAGCGAACUUCGCCAGUCUCUCGCACGUAGCAUGGAAAGCACGGACAGCAGCGACAGCAGUGGGGAGAGUUUGAAAUCCAUUCCCCGACCGGACUUCGAGGCCCUCUCCGCCAUCGACAGCCCCCAGCCGCAGUUGCAGUUGCAGUUGCAGAGCUCCCUGCCGGAUGGCCACAUCGAGAUGGAGUCGGUUACCGUGCCCAGCAAGCGUCAGAAGUACGUGGUCAGUGCUCCGCCGGGAUCGGCCAAUGGCAGCAGCCACUCCUCCAGCUCGAGUCCCUCGAACGUCAACGUCGGCUCCUCGCUCACCAUGAAGCUCACGAAGGUGCAGUCCUCCACGCCCAACAACAACAGCAGCAGCAGCAGCAGCAAGGCCAAGGUGGCCAAGGAAAUGCUGGCCCUGCAGCGCUCGCACAUCGAAUCCGAGGUGCUCAGCAACUUUGUGACCGGGGUCUCCAAGUUGAAGCGCCGAAAGUCGCGCCACGCGCCCGGGAAUCUCGCCUCGCAGGCAUCCGGCGGAGAGCUGUCCCGCAGCUUGAAUGCCGCCACGGAAAACAAGAAAACAUCUCUGAAAAUGGCGCUCAAGCGGAGCAAGAGCAUUCCGGCUCCCGUCCUGGACUCGGAUGAGGACUGGCAGGACGAGGACAUCGACACGGCCAUCAAGGGCUGCCGACCGCGAGGUCGCUCGAUGGCCUGCGACGAUGGCGAGCGGCUGGCCGAGCUGAAUGUGGAGGACAGCAUCAGCGAUGCCCCGGAGCCCAUGCUCACCCGCUGCCGGUCGCGCAGCAAAACCCUCUCGCUGAGCAACAGCUGGAGCAACGAGGAGAAGGCGCCGCGCCGGGGCAACCUGCGCAGCGAGAACGAGGACUUCGCCAAGAAGCACAGCGCCUUCCUCGAUCGCGUUAUCCACGACGACCAGGAAUCGGAGCUGACGCUGAACACCUCCGGCGAGGGCGAUCCCGAUCCCGAUCGCGACAUUGAGUGGCCCGUCGGUGAGCUGGAGGACCACAGCUCGCUCUUCUCGAAUACCACCGACUCGAAAGCGGCCGAGCGACUGCUCCUCAUGUACGAGGAGCCACCCACGCCCGGCUGGGAUCCCUUCUGCUGGAAGUGCCGCCAGUGCGGCAAACUGAUGGCCUGCUCCAAGUGUCUGCGCUCCUUCCACACCUACUGCGUGCGCCCCGCCACCACCAAGUUCGACUCCUCGUGGAAGUGCCCCGAGUGCCAGGUGAUCGAGGCAGCGCCCAAGAGGCUGCGGCGCAAUGGUGUUUCCGUGGAUCUGCUCAGCCAGCUGCUUUCCUUCGCCCUGGACCGCAUGAAGCAUGUGCGCGGGGCCCACAAGUUGCGUUCGCCGCAAGAGGUCUUUCCGCUGUCGUACAAGAAGUACUUUGUGAACCCCGUGAGCUUCGACAGCCUGGCGCAGUGCAUCCGUGAUGGGGCCUAUCAGAGCACAGAGGAGUUCCUCGGCGAAGUGAAGUGGAUCCAGCACAACGCCCUCAUCCUGGACGCAGGCGAUGCCAAAGUGGAGCAGGCCUCGAAGGCCGUGGUGAAGGUGUGCCGGCAGGAGGCCAACGAAAUCGACACCUGCCCCGAAUGCUACCUGAACGCCAACUCCAGCGACGAGUGGUUCGUGAAGGUGUGCCGGCACCCGCAUCUCCUGCUCUGGGCCAAGCUAAAGGGCUUUCCCUACUGGCCCGCCAAGGCGAUGGGCUCGAGCAACGCGGCGCUGGUGAAUGUGCGCUUCUUUGGCAAGCAUGAUCGGGCCUUUGUGCCCGUCAAGGACUGCUUCUUGUAUUCAGCCCAGAAUCCAAACACGCAAACCAGCCGAAGAUCAGCCAGGGACCUGGCUGAAUGCGUCCGCGAGGUGGAGGUUCACAUUGAGCACAUAAAGCGAAAGAUUGGCGCCUUCAACUACGCCGCUUUCCGCACCGCCUACGAUCCUCUGGAGGAGCAGCAGCAGCUGGAGCAGAUGAUGCCCGGCGUGUAUGCGGCCAUAGACAGGGAACUAGAGCCCGCGAACAAGACGCCGCUGCAGUUCCUCAUCCGCAAGACGGCCGACGAUAAGCUGUCAAUAGUGAAAAAGACAAAGGCCACGGAAUCGGGCAACGAAUCGGAUCAAUCGCCCAGUCCCACGAAGAAGCUUCCGGAGGUGGACAGUGGCGCAGGCUCCGGAUCCGGAGCGAGCGAUCAUUCUAAGCUGAAGAGCAACAACUAUGAGGUUAUAUCCAGAUCUGGCGAGUCUCUGACCGACUCGCGCUGCAAGGUGCUGCUCAAGAGGAAAUCCCUGGCUGCCAAGACAGUUGGUGGAUCCGUGGAAGCCGCCCCGGAAGUAGUGCCCUCAAAACGAAAACAUUCCCUGAGUGAUGCCAGCUACACCAGCGAAUCCAGUGACCAUAAACGCAAGUCGAAGCAUUCGAGGAAACAACAGGAGCAGGAGAAACCAAGUGAAGUGCCAGAACCUCCACCAAAAUCUCCAAAAAUCUCACAGCAGGAGGAAAAAUCACGUGAUACCGAGACAGUCAAGGAAACUUCUACUAGUGCAGCUUCUCCGGGAGCUCCUGCCUCCGUGAUUUCUGUGGUAGAGCUGGUCAAACGACGCCAGGGAGUUACGAUUACAAAGAUACCACGCGAGCAGCAACAAGUGGCAGCUGUGGAGGAGCCGCCAACUGCUCCUGUUCCACCUCCUCCGCCUCCCCCAACAGCUCCUCUUCAGACACCGGCAACCAAGCAAAGUGCACAAAAACGAACUGAAGCAGCCAAUCCAAAGCAAUCCGAGGUUGAAAGACAGCAACAACAGCUCAUCAAAAAAGUUAUUCCAUUUAUAGAAAUUAAAACUGAAGUAAUGUCGGAGCCAGACGAAGAGGAAGUGGGCGAAAGGCCAGCUUCUCCAGCUGAUCAACUUCCUAUGCAACAGGAGUCAAAUAUGGUUCAGCUUGAGUCUCAGCUGCCAGCUCCUUGCCGACCCACUACGCAGCCCCAGCCAGUGGAGCAUCCACCUCCCGAGGAAGUCAGAAUCAAGGAGGAGAUUCUCAGCGAGGAUGAAAUGGAAACGGAUCAGCCCAGUGUUAGUCAGAGGUUCGAAUCAAUGCCACCCAUGCCACUGCCUAUGCCUCCGCCGCCUCCUCUGCCGCCUCGAGACGAAACACCCGCGACAGAUGACCUGGUUCGAUUUGUGGGCGAUACCACCAUCCAAAGGGUAAACCAGAAGCAGGUAAAAUCCACGGAUUUGCCGGGAAAACGUAAGGGAGUGCAACCAGUUCCACCGCAAGCUGCAAGCCCAGCGGCAUCCUCUCCAGCUCACUCGCCUGUCCAGUCUGCUGCUCCUUCACCUUCGGCAUCGCCCAAGCCAAGUAGCAAACCACCACCACCACCACCGUCAUCCAAGGGAAAGUCGCCGUCACAGCAGCAAUUCCGCGGGAAAAACGACCGCAGGCCACCUUCUCCACCGGGAACUGCACCACCGGCCACCACCACCUCCUCCCUGCUCAGAUCCAACAUGGUGGUGAUUCCUGUGGAGCAGCCGGGCAGCUGCAAUCCGCACAGUCCCAUGACCAUCCCAGUUCCACCACUGAGAGCCGUUUCCAAGAGUACGUUGCAGAAUACUUCUUGUCUUCCGUUGACCUGCCCACCCAGCAGCUCCAUAUCCAUGCCGCCACCACUGGCCGGUUUGAGUGUUCCUCAAAUGGCCAGCCACACAUCACAGGAAGCCGGCAACGCGACAAACAGUGGAGAACCCGUCGGUGGUCUGCUGGCCAGCGCGUUGAACGGUUUGACGGCCGACCACCUAGCCAGUGAGUCUCUAAUCCCCAAUGAUCCCAUAACUCCGGGCCUGGCCACGGCCUUCAGUGAGAUGCUCCUGCGUUCCGGUGUGCCAAAGUUGGUGGCUCGUCCCUGCGGGCCUCUUCGGUCAGAUGGAUCCCAAAUCUAUCCCUCACAGGCAGGACCCGUUUCGCAAAAACUCAAGGAGAAUGCACACAAGAUCACCGACUACUUCAUCUCCGUCAUCGAGGACACGCUCAGCGACAUGGCCACUGGGGAUCAGAGCGUCCUGCAAGCCCGAAUCGCCGGACUGUCGCUGGAGAACGAGCGGCUGAAGCAGCACUACGAACGCCAGAUGAACGACGUGCAUCGCACUAGCGAACUGAUGAUCGCCGAGAUGCGCAAGACGUUGGAGCAGGAGCACAAGCGUGUGAUCAGCGAGCUGCGCCAGCAAAACGCCAUGGAGCAGAUGCGAGCGGUGGAGGAGGCCAAGAAGAAGCAGUGGUGCGCGAAUUGCAUGCGUGAGGCGCAGUUGUACUGCUGUUGGAACACCUCCUACUGCGACUAUCCCUGCCAGCAGUUGCACUGGCCCAGGCACUCGGCCACCUGCGGCCAGGCUGUGCCACCCACGAAUCCAGUGGCACCAAUGGCUUCGGCUCCCCUUAUAGAUCCCGGGCGAUCCAAAGCCAAGGUGGCCAUGCCAACGGCAGCACCACAAAUCACCAAUCCCAGUCCAAGCUCGCAGAUAAUUCGAACGGCGGCCGCCUGUCCACCUGCAGCAGCAGCAGCUCCAGUGGCCAGCGGACAAAGCUCCAAGAAGUGGCCGCCCAUGAUGACGCUGAUCAAUCAGCCAAAUCCGGAAGCCGUACUCAAGCUGCCCGCCACCACAUAUUUGCGGCCAGUGGUCAGCACAACGAUGACAGCUACGGCGACGGCCUCGGCACCUGCUAAUAACAACAUCAGCAACAGCAUGAACGUAAUAAUGACACCUACACCAUCGGGCGGAAACCACCUGUCCAAUCUCAUGUCCGCUCAGCGGAAUCCAACCAACUUCAGCCCCAAGCCCGCCAGUCAAACGAUGCCCAUACAGCGCUUUAAUAUCCCUUUACCCAUCACCGUGAGCGCCAACGCUCCUUUUAUGAUCGCGGAGCAGCAUCAAAAGCAGGUGCCAAAGACUACUGGUCGCAGCUCUGGUAAAAACAAUAGCCGGGCACGCCAAGUUUACAGCAGCAACAGCAAUCCGCAGGGUAUGCGCAGCAGCAACAAUCCGCAGGCUAUGCGACAGAAUCAAAUGAAUCAACAAGUGUUCCAGCCAUAAAUCGUGGACGACUAGCAUGAGCAUGAAGGGGUUCCACCUGGAAAGACUGCCUGAAAUUCAGGAAACCAUUUCUUUGAUAUUCCGGAGAAACUCAGAAACAGAUAGAUACUGAUCAGCGCAUAUAUUUGGGCUACAUACCAACUUUGGAAACUUUUAUAUUUAUUUCGAUUUCCCCAGCGCAGCUAUUGAUGAUGAUUUGCUCUUAGAUUAAGUUGAAGGACGAACGUGUAAAGUACCAUUCAAUAAUUAGGUAUAAGAUUUCGAUAAAUGUUCUUGUAGUUUCGCUGGUUUUACUGUAUAACCUAACCGCCUAGUGAGUAAGCAUCAUCGUAAAGCCAUGAGAUGGACUUUGCAUAAACAUAAGGUCAUCGCACUUUUCAUUUUAUUUUACUCAUGCUGUAAAUUGUUUGUCAUCUGUUUUAAAUACAUUUUAUGUAUAUUUAAAGCAAAGCUGCAAAGUGAAUUAAGAAUAAACGAAUACAUACAUUUUUUGAGUUAUAAA